AUGCUGCAGCGCGCACGAGUUGUACGAAUCGCUGGUAAAUAUUUGUAUCCUGCCUCGUCGACGCUACCUCAGGACUUCUAUGAUUGUUGUCAACGUGUAUUCAAAAUUAAACUACAUGAGGAAACUUUCAUUGGUGAGCGUCCCUCGCAGGUACGUGGUCUUUUUCUUUCGGCAUCACGUCAAAAGCCGCUCCGCUCGAACCAACUCAUCGCUACGAUUCCCCUCGCGACGCUCUAUACAGAAAAGAACAUCCACCAAAAGCCCAAUACGCUUCAUCACCUGAGGGUAGAACACGUACGAGAUGCAAUUGAGGACGAGGAGUUCAAAAUCAUGGCGCCACAGCUCUAUAUGGGAAUGCAGAUUGCUGCUAUGACGGACGCGCUUCCCGAAAUUGGCAAAGUCGCGAAUGCCGAGGAAUUCAAGAAGAUCUCUGAAAUUCUGCGGGGGGGCGCUAACCCAUGGGCCCGCAUGCUUGACGACGAGGACUUCAACGAUAAAUUUGUAUAUGGUAUGUACGGCAUGACUCUGGACACCUGGCAACAAAGUAGUUACAAUGAGAUGGUGGAGAAGUUCAAUCGCAGCACAGCCCUAGUCCAUGAGAAACUCAGACUCUCUUUUAAAAUCGAGCACUUUCGCCGCACGGCACGUCUUGUGCUCGCACGAUUAGAACACAUGCUGCCAAGCGAAUAUUAUAAAAGUAGCCCCUGGGUGCGGCGGUGGAAGCGCAGGUAUCGGCUCUUAUUUUGGCAGCGAGAGCCAUCCGAACUUACGCUGGUGCCGCUGCUUGACCUGGUAAACCACAGCAAUCGGCCAAACUGCGCGAUACGCGUCGGACCCUCGGCAGUGCUCGGCGGCGAUCCCGCUAUCGCGCUUUUCUCGCUCACUACCAUUGCCCCUGGGGAGGAGCUCUGCCGACACUACAACCUUGCGCUCAACCGCGCCAGUGCCUUAUUCCGAUAUGGUUUUCUGCCCUUUGAUUUGAUUGCCAUUGUCGACCACAACUCCGUGGAGGAGAACUUUGUGCGGAAUCGACCAGAAAUGAGGCUACUUGAUGAUAGCAAAAUUGCGAGUCUGGAAGAAGAGAGGCGGGAGAUUGAGCGACUGGAGGCGAUAUUCCAAAAGGCAAAGCGGAAUCAUUGA